CGGGGGCAGAGCAGUGCUGAGCGCGGCACUGCCCGACGGAGAGACGGGGCGGGGAGGCGCGGAGAGAGGGCAGCAGGAGGAGGACGAAGUCCACGGAGGCAAUUAGCGCUAAUUAAGGGAGGGGGCGCCGCGGUGGGGGUGGUGUCGGGCGGGGCGGAGACUAGGUCAGGGUCUCGGGCCGGCGGAAGGAGGAGGAGCGGGGGGAGUAGUGCUGGCUGCCACCGCGGCCCCCGGAGGGGUGGCUGUUGACUUCCUCUUGCCUGCUCCCUCGCCUCUUCUAGCCGGCUGCCGCCCCCUGCCGCGAUGGCAGUUGACGGCUGAAGGAGCCCCAGCGCCGCCCCCUGGACGAGCUAAUGUUAAAGUAAUGGAUUCCAAAGAAUUGCUUAACUCGUCGGAUCAAGACGAAACAAGGAAAAAUGCACUCACCAGUACCAAAGGAGGAAUCGUGAUGGACUUUAAUCCACCCUUCAGGGGUGGAGCUACUGUACAAGCCCCUGUGUCUACAUCUCUCCCUGCUUCUUCUCAGUCAGAUUCCAGUCAGCAACCUGCUUUGGCUGACUUUUCGAAAGGAUUAGUAAACAAUGUGCCUCAGCCAGACCUUUCCAAGGCAGUAUCGCUCUCGAUGGGACUGUACAUGGGUGAAACAGACACAAAAGUGAUGGGAAACGACCUUGGAUUUUCGCAGCAGGGCCAAAUCGACAUCUCUUCUGGAGAAACGGACUUGAGGCUCCUGGAAGAAAGUAUUGCAAGCUUGAACAAGUCCUCCAGCCUGACCGGGGACGCAAAGGGAGCAAUAUCUUCCGAGGUGCCGCUUGAGACAGAUUUCCCAGGCAUGGCUGGCCGCAACGUCCCUUUAGCCUCGGGAACUGCUGUCCAAAGCCAGGUUGGCUCGAAUGGUGGUAACUUGAAGUUGUUCUCUGAAGACCAAAGCACCCUGGAUAUUCUUCAGGAUUUAGAAUUGCCACCAGUAUCGCCUGGCAAAGAACCCAAUGGGAGUCCAUGGAGGCUUGACCCGUUGCUAGAUGACGGCGGCUUGCUGUCCCCUAUAUCUGCAGAUGAUGCAUUUCUGCUGGAAGGAAGUCUCGGUGAAGACUGCAAGCCUCCUAUUUUAUCUGACACUAAACCUAAAAUUAAUGACCGUGGUGACCUUUUACCCAAUUCCAAAAUGCCAAUGCCUCAAGUGAAAACAGAAAAGGAAGACUUCAUUGAACUCUGUACUCCUGGAAUAAAGCAAGAGAACAUGGGCCCAAUUUAUUGUCAAGCAAACUUCUCUGGGUCUAACCUGCUGGGUACUAAAGUCUCUGCUAUAUCUAUCCAUGGUGUCAGUACCUCUGGGGGACAAAUGUAUCACUAUGAUUUAAAUACUGCAUCACUCUCUCAGCAGCAGGAUCAGAAACCAAUUUUUAAUAUCAUUCCAUCUCUUCCUGCCGGUUCAGAAAAUUGGAAUAGGUGCCAGGGAUCAGGGGAUGAGACGUUAGCUCCUUUGGGAACGCUCAACCUUUCUGGCAGACCUGCUUUCUCUAAUGGCUAUUCAAGCCCUGGAAUGAGAUCAGAUGUAAGCUCUUCUCCAUCCACAACCUCAGCAACUACGGGACCACCUCCCAAGCUUUGUCUUGUUUGCUCUGAUGAGGCCUCUGGCUGUCACUAUGGUGUUCUUACCUGUGGCAGCUGCAAAGUGUUCUUCAAAAGAGCUGUGGAAGGGCAGCACAACUACCUGUGUGCUGGAAGAAAUGACUGCAUUAUUGACAAAAUUCGGAGGAAAAACUGCCCAGCAUGCCGCUACCGGAAAUGUCUUCAAGCUGGCAUGAACCUUGAAGCUCGAAAAACAAAGAAGAAGAUCAAAGGAAUUCAGCAGACCAGCACUGCGGGAACACGGGAUGUUUCGGAAACACCAGGAAACAAGAGCAUCGUCCCAGCGACACUGCCGCAGCUGACACCCACCCUGGUGUCCCUCCUGGAGGUGAUCGAGCCCGAGGUGCUGUACUCGGGCUACGACAGUACACUGCCCGACUCCAGCUGGCGCAUACUCUCCACUCUCAACAUGCUGGGGGGACGGCAAGUUGUGGCUGCAGUGAAGUGGGCAAAGGCAAUACCAGGUUUCAGAAAUUUGCAUCUGGAUGACCAAAUGACCCUUCUGCAGUACUCGUGGAUGUUCCUAAUGGCGUUUGCUUUAGGAUGGAGAUCAUAUAAACAAUCAAAUGGAAAUCUCCUGUGCUUUGCACCAGAUCUGAUUAUUAAUGAGCAGAGAAUGAAUCUACCAUGUAUGUACGAACAAUGCAAACAUAUGCUUAUGGUGGCCCGAGAGCUGUCGCGACUUCAGGUCUCAUAUGAAGAGUAUCUCUGCAUGAAAACAUUGCUUCUCCUCUCUACAAUUCCCAAGGAAGGCCUGAAGAGCCAAUCUUUGUUUGAAGAAAUUCGCAUGACAUACAUUAAAGAGCUGGGAAAGGCCAUCGUGAAGAGAGAAGGGAACUCCAGCCAGAACUGGCAGCGAUUUUAUCAACUGACUAAACUGUUGGACUCUAUGCAUGAUGUGGUUGAAAAUCUUCUGAGCUUUUGCUUCCAGACAUUUUUGGAUAAAUCCAUGAGUAUUGAGUUCCCAGAAAUGUUGGCAGAAAUCAUCAGCAAUCAGAUACCAAAAUAUUCAAAUGGAAAUAUCAAGAAGCUCUUAUUUCAUCAAAAGUGACUGCCUUAAUACAAAAGGGUUGCCUUAAGAAAACGUCAAAUGAUAGCUUUUUUUUUUUUGUAAAGAAAAAACCUACAGAACUUGUUAAUUCUGUCCUUGCAGCGGUGUACCUUUUGUAAUUAUGCACUACAUGUGGUUUACAGAGGGCCAAGAUUUAGGCUGUAGAAGCAACACAUUUCUCACAUUUGGUAGAUAAUUGGGGAGAAAGGAGAAUAAAUCGUAUUUGUCAGAAAUUAUCUCUCUCCCCUCGUGCAACGUCCAUGGAUGCAUCUAAACCACCAGUGACAAGAUCUGAGGCUGUGUUAAGAACAUUCUGCUACUUCAUUUCUGCAGUUGGCUGGAGACAAUUUUCUAGGCUUUUUUUUUUUAUUAGUAAAGUGUUUUGGAUUUUUUUUUUUUAAAGUUAAGGUAUCAUUUUGGUUUAUGCAUGUAACCUGAAGAAAGUUUACAAGUGUAUAUCAGAAAAGGGAAGUUGUGCCUUUUAUAGCUAUUACUGUCUGGUUUUAGCAAUUUCCUUUAACUUUAUAUACCGUGAACUAGGCUUGUUCAUUUUUUUUCUUACAUAAUUUUUUUGUAAUACUUCAAAAUGCCUAUUGUACAGCUGGGUUUUUAAGGUGGGGCAGCUCGUAGCUUUCCUAAAUGACCUCUAGAGAGUAAUCCUUGAGUAUAUUCUUGUGAAAAUGGGUUGGGCUUUUCUAACCUAAUAGCUUUGAACUGUCAAAGAGACCAUUAAAAUUUGGCAUUUUUUAAAGGCCAGGGUGGGUGGGAGAACACUCUCAAAUCUAAUUUAAAUAGACACAAACUAAACAAAUACUUUUGGUAUAUGUGCAAAAAGCGCUGGAUAUGCAGAUUCAGAGCAAACUAGCCCAGUCCACACUGGAUGUAGAUGAGCAGGUUCUUUUGUACAGUGAAAAAAAAAAAAGCCUGAUUUUUUGCAUAUAAUGCAACAGCCAUAACUAUAAGAGUCAUGGGCUGCGUUGAUGCCAAGAAGUUCAGUCCUGACUGCCCAUCAGGAAAUUUUCAGGAAAAUAUGCAUAGCUUAAGAAAAGUUUACUUCUGUGUGGAGAAACUCACAUUUUCUAUACACUUAAAUCUCUCAUCGUACAAAUAUAUAUAUGGAAGAACACCGUUGGCCGAAGAGGCAGACGCGUGAUGAUGCCCAGUGGUUCUGUUCCAUUUUCCCGUGUGGAUUCUAGAAGCCUUCUCUUGGGCGGGAUGCUCGGUGUCCCGCAGAGCGGCCGCCCGGGCCCGUGGCCUCCCGGCGCCGCUGGCCCCGCGCCAGACCCGUCCCUGCCACUGGCCCCCGGCCCGAGCCGCUUGCCGGGAGAGCAGGAGAGCUCCGCUACCGAUUCCGUGGUCUUAGAGUCGUACGUCAAACUUUCUGUCUUUGCAAGGCUGCAUCCCUUCAUACCGAGUUCCUAGCGUGCCAUACAGCUCCGUAGGUCUGGUGAAUUUCUCCUCGUUGCCAUCGAUAAGUAUCUUUUGACACGUUUAGAAGCUGUAGUAGCCUUUUCUACGCGCACCUUAACAAUUUUCUGUAUCUCGAAAUUUAAAUAUUUACUAAGCCACUCUAAAAUUUGAUUUUUACUCAAAGUGGCCAGAUUAUUUGUGUAAUAGAAAUGAGAAAGAUCGUCUGAUGAAAUGCAAAACCUAAUAUAUUUUUAUAUUUAGUUAUAGUUUCAAAUACGUAUAAUCGGUAUAUUCGCUGAUCCGAGACAAGAAGGGAAGGGCUACUGCAGCUUUAAAAGCAAUUUAUUAAAUGAUUGUAAAAUAGCUUGUAUAGUGUAUAAUAAGGAUGAUUUUUAGAUGACAGAUUGCUUUAUCAUGAUACAUGUAAUUAUAUUUUUUGUAGAGGUCACAAGUGUGCUGAAUGGUAACCCGUACAAGUUGUGGUGUGUCUGGAGGCAGCACUGAAGGUGUCGGUGUUCAGUAUCCAAAGAAGUACCCUGUUAGCGAGGAAAACCUGUGUUCGUUGGGGUGUUUUUAGGGGUGGGUUUGUGUUUAUCGAAUCACUGUGUAAAACUUGAAGCUGGAGCUUGGGUGGGAUACUCCUGUCUGUAUGGCUGGUUACCAUUCGCGAGUCACGGCUGAAUCGGACCCCUGCUGAGCACGCGGGAGUUGUGUCACAGGCAGCCUCACGUACCGCAGCAAAAACAGCUUGGACAAGUUGGCAAUAAUAGGCAUACAGGUACCAGCAAUAUGUAAAUACAGAGCGUAGGUUGUUCACAGUACACUAGCACAUUUCUGUCAUUCAGCAGAAGCUUGUUUCCGAGUGAAAUGGGAAACUCAGUUUUCAUCCUUUCUUAAAUCUCUUUUUGAAUGUUAUAUCUAUUAAGAGAAGAUACUAUAUUCAGUACUUUGGACUAAAAUAUCAACUUUAAUAAAAAAGAAAAAGUAA